GCUGAUCGUAGUAGAGAUAUUAGAUACCUUACCAGAACUCGAAUAGCACGUGCAGAAUGUAACUUGGAAUAAUUAUUUGUUAGGCGCUGUGAGAUCUAAACGUGUUAAAGAAGUAUAUUAAGUUAGAAAUAAUAGAAGACGAGAAGGAUUUAAAGGGUAUGCGUAAAGGAAACGCGAAUUGAAGAUGCUUUAAAACCAUUUUUGAGAGCUGUCGGGGAUACCUUUGUGCAACAAAAAGUUUAAUUUGAAAAAUGGGAAAGACGUCGAAGGACAAGCGCGACAUAUAUUACAGAAAGGCGAAGGAAGAAGGAUGGCGAGCCCGGAGUGCCUUCAAGCUGCUUCAAAUUGAUUCGGAGUGUAACAUUUUGGACGGCGUAUCGAAAGCGGUGGACCUGUGCGCUGCGCCUGGAAGCUGGAGCCAGGUCUUAGCUCGCAAGCUAAACGAGAACUACAAGAAAGCUUCGGAAAGAGGCCCUGCGUCCCCGCCAAAAAUCGUGGCCGUUGAUCUGCAAGCGAUGGCACCUUUGGAAGGUGUUAUCCAACUGCAAGGUGACAUUACUAACGCCAGCACGGCGGAACAGAUCAUUGCGCACUUUGAUAACUCCCGGGCAGACUUGGUGGUGUGCGAUGGAGCACCCGACGUGACCGGUCUACACGACAUGGACAUAUUCAUCCAGUCGCAACUGCUACUGGCUGCUUUGAACAUAGCCACGCACAUCCUGAGACCUGGCGGGACAUUCGUCGCAAAGAUCUUUCGCGCCAAGGACGUGUCGUAUCUGUACGCUCAAAUGAGAAUACUUUUCCCUUACGUCUACUGCACGAAGCCCAGCAGUUCCCGCAACUCGAGCAUCGAGGCAUUUGUGGUCUGUAAAGAUUACAGCCCGCCGGAAGGCUACAAGCCAAACAUGCUGAAUCCUUGGAUGAUGGACGAGCCGUGCAAAUUCGAGCAUCUGGCAGGUGUGGAGAGGGUCGUCGUCCCGUUCAUCGUGUGCGGGGACCUCAGUCAGCCCGAUUCCGACACGAGUUAUUCGCUCAACUACGAAGGUAAGGAGUACAAGUACCACGAACCGGUGCAAGCCCCCAUAGCGCCGCCUUACGAGCAAGCGUUGUUAAUAAGUAGGAGAAGAGCGGAGAAAAAGACCUCUACAUCUAAUCACAGCACCGACUUCAGUGAAAUCGACAUCAAAGUCGCGAUUGAACGUGAAAACGAAUCAUCGAUAUCCAAAGUCAAGCGGGCGUUGAACUCUGCGGGUAACGCGGACUCCGGCAAUGAGCCAAGUGAGGUCGCGAAAACUAUUAUGCAGGAUGAGGAUAGUGAAGAGGAAACAGCCAUCGAUGGGUUACAAAACUUGUAUCAGCUUGACUCUUCCGUUUCCAAUUACAGCACCGCGGGCGAAUAUGAAGAUGAGUCAUUGAUAUCUGGGAUUAAAGUAUUAAAUGUUUCUGCGGAUAAUGAUUCUGAUAACGAGCCAAAUACAGCGGCGAAAACUACGAAAAAUGAGAAUAAAGAAAAGGAAACAGGCAUCGAUGCAUUAAGAAAUUGAAACCAAUUUGCAUCCAAGGGCAAAGAAAAUACGGGUAACGACUGAAUAUACUGCUAAAAUCUCUUUACAUUUCCGUAUAUUACAUAAUUGUUAAAUAAAUAUUCAACAAUUUUU